GGAGUGAGAGUAAAUAGAUAGCAAGAGCCUCACUUGACAACACACACUUCUUUUGAGAGAGAGAGAGAUUGAGAGAGAAAGAGAGGAAACGAUUACUUUAACAUCUAAUAGCAAUAGAGAUGGCUCUUCACCUGCCUUGGACUUUCGUUUUUGGCGUUCUAGGCAACGUCGUUUCAUUUUUGGUUUCCCUUGCUCCUUUGCCAACGUUUUACCAAAUAUACACGAAGAGAACAUCCGAAGGGUUCCAAUCAAUUCCUUACGUGGUGUCUCUCUUCAGUGCGAUGCUUUGGAUUUACUACGCACUACUUAAGAAGGAUGCUGUGCUUCUCAUAACCAUCAACACUUUCUGCUGCUUCAUUCAGACUUUUUACAUUGUUGCUUACUUUUACUAUGCUCCCAAGAAGGAAAAGGUCAUGACUGUGAAGCUUAUCCUUCUGUUCAAUAUUUUCGGGUUCGGAGUUAUCUUUCUCUCAACUUUCUUCCUACAAAACCCCUUGACCCGCCUCCAUGUUCUUGGAUAUAUAUGCAUGGCAUUCGCUUUGAGUGUGUUCGUUGCACCUCUUUGCAUUUUGAGAAAAGUCAUAAAAACCAAGAGCGUUGAAUACAUGCCAUUUACUUUGUCAGUGUUCCUCACCUUAGGGGCUGUGAUGUGGUUCUUCUAUGGCCUUCUGUUGAAGGAUAUGAACAUUGCCGUUCCAAAUGUACUUGGCUUCAUCUUUGGAAUUCUUCAAAUGAUACUUUAUGCAAUCUACAAAAACCACCCCAAGAAAAUGGUGGAAGAUCCAAAGCUUCACCAACUAUCAGAGCACAUCGUUGACGUUGUCAAACUAGGCACCAUGGUGUGCUCAGAAGUGAACGCUGUGGCUCCUCAGCCAAACGAGACAAACAACAAUGGAGGAGUUGUUGAAGCUCAAAAUAUUAAGGGAAUCACUGCGGAUCAUGACGCUUCCAACAAAGUUUAAAGUAUAUGCAUAUUCAAGUGUGGGAGGCGCCACAAAAAGAAGGUCCACUUGGAUAUGUCUACGCCACGUGUAGUUUGAGUUUGCAUGGAACACAUCUACCGGAGCCACGCAAAAUAAAUUUCCAGCCCUUUACUUGCGCACUUUGAUUUUAAAUUAAUGUUUUUUAAUGUCCCCUCUCAUCAGGAGUCCAAUGUUCGUGUCCAUUCUGUCCCUCAUCAGUCAACACCCUGGAAUCUUUCUCUCCCCAUCUCUCUCAUAUCUUAAUCUGUAUUCUGUAAUUACUUUUCUGUUGAUGUUUAAUUAAUGAAAUGUCUAUAUUUUAUAAUAA